AUGGUGACUGUUUUACAUGCUCUUUUCUGUUCUCUCUAUAGGUACCGACCAAUCUUCAAAGAGGGAGAGAAGUUUCCGGGGUUUGCGGAUGAGGACCCUGCAGAAGUGGGCCAGAGGAAAGGUCUGUACGAUUCCGCGUACGGUACAAACGGAACGGACGGGCGAGAGUCGUCGGGAGAGGGCAUCUCCAGUCUGAUCGGGAAGGACGAAGUGUCGGAACCAGAAUCACUCAGCGCUAAGGAGAGGGCAAACCUCCUGGACUCCCUGAUAGGCAGCGAUGACUCAACAACAGACUCUGAGGAUGAGGCUGAUCACCACCUGUUCACCAAACUACGACUGGCCAGGAGAAGUGUAAAGCGGAACCAGGUAAUCCGUGACUCCCAGGCGGGCUACGUGUCUAUCGUGGAGUUCAGAGCGAGGAACAUGUUUGCGAGGUUCGGGGAGCCGGAGAAGGAGGCGGUGGCGUGUUUUGACUUCCUGGAGGAACUGUCAAUCAGCAGUGUGGACAGGGAGGAAAAGGAUGAAGACACCCGCCAACACACUCCUCUUCAGAGCGACCAAGACAACAGCAACAUCCCCAACAAGGCUGACUCCCCGAAAUCCAGCAAGGACGACCACAACAACAAGAUCAGCGGGAGAAACCAUUCCCACCCUGAGGAGGGGGAGGUAGAGGUAGAUGGAGGGGCGGAGAGGCCUGGCAGUUCUCCUGCCAGCUCCACGGAGUGCCUUUCCUUCAGCGACUCCCUGUAUGACAGUUUCUCUUCCAAUCCAAGCCUAUCUUCCAACGAUACGUAGUAAUAUGUAGGGAGUGUUGAAGCAAGAAGGUUCAGUAGCCUCCACCAGGCUUUCCUAAUGGGGUUUAGGAUCAUGGUAGAAUUCAGUAAUCU